CGCAGGGAAUGGAACCUCCGAGUGUAAGACUUAGACCAGACCAGGCUUUGGCCUUUUUCUUUUCUAACGGACCGGACCCGAGACGAGACGAGACGAGAGCUCAAUAUCUCGUUUCCUCUCAGAGUCAGACCCUCGCAGAUCAGGAAUCACAAUGGCAAGCAACAGCACUGGCAACAUCGUCGAUGUAUCGGUGAUCGGCGGAGACGGAGAUCGCCGGUGCCUGACGGAGCUUCAGGACGGUGGAAGCACGGAGAGCCUCAGGUACUACCACUCACGUCGUACCGUCAUGGAAAUGCUGAAAGACCGCGGCUACGACGUCCCCGGCGCCGAGUUGAGCCGCUCGCUCGCUGAGUUUCGCACGGAGUUCGGCGAGAAACCGGAGCCGGAACGCCUCCGUAUCACCGCGUCUCUCCGCUCGAAUACCCAUAAGAAGGUUCUUGUCCUGUUCAUGGGGGCGACUGAGCUGAAGGUUGCUGCGGUAAGAAAUGUCUACAAGCAGAUUCUUGGAGAAGGUUUAGGUUUGUCAGGGCUUAUACUGAUAUUAGAAGCCAAAAUCACCAUCCAAGCUAAGAAACACCUCGAGACAUUCCCAUUCAAGGUGGAAGUCUAUCAAAUCACUGACUUGAUUGCAAAUGUAAGCAAGCAUGUUCUGCAGCCAUCGCUCGAGAUACUCACAGCUCAUCGGAAACAAAUGCUUAUGAAGAAGUACAAAGCUGAAGACAAGCUGCUCCCCAGGAUGCUGGAAACUGACGCCAUUGCCAAAUACUAUGGACUGCAGAAGGGGCAGGUGGUGGAACUCACUUACAGUGGAGGACUAAUCGACUUCCUGACUGCUUACCGUUGUGUGAUUUGAUGAUGCUCCGCACUAUUACAGUCUUGCCUUUCCGUUGGGGAAAACAUUUGAAACGCGAUUGUAGAUGUCCAUAUUAAAAUUGAAAGAUAGGUGGGAUUUUGUUGAGUAGGCGACUGAGUGCUUUCUCAUUGUCACGCAACUCAAACUAAGUCACAGUUGUAAUAGCUGACUAGGCAGAUAAUUCUGAGAUCAUAUAUCAGUAGCUUCCAGAACCAGAGUCUAUCAUUAUGCCCCCGCAACGGUCGCGGUGUGCGUUGAUCGAUGCUCCAUGUUUUGCAUGUAGGCAAAGAUAACUUAUUUGUGUUGAAAUUCAGCUGAAGCGGAGCCGAUUGUAUUACUUCAAGUUUAGACCAAAAUGGUUUCCAACGGUUGUGUAUGAUUGGUGUCCUGCCUAUUCGUUUGAAAUACUAAGUGGCAAUCUCAAGUCUAU